UGGAUGUCAGACACGUGCUUAGCGCUAUAUAAGCAACCAUUAUAAUAGUUUUUCUCAUUUCACGUGUUUUUAAAUAGAGGAAUAUGUCUUUUAACAGUCGCAUAUCAACCGAACCUUCUGCAAUUACUAACGGUUACGGAGGAGGAAUUAUGAUGAAUGGUUAUACAAACGGCUCGAUUCCGUUACACAAAGAUGGGUUGAGAGAAUAUCAUGAUCGAGGAGAAAAAUUUUUAUUCACCUCGGAAUCGGUAGGAGAAGGCCAUCCAGACAAAAUAUGUGACCAGGUGAGUGAUGCCAUUUUAGACGCUCAUCUUGCUCAAGACCCUGAUGCCAAAGUAGCAUGCGAAACGGUAACUAAAACAGGUAUGAUUCUUAUUUGUGGAGAAAUUACUUCCAGAGCGGUUGUUGAUUAUCAGAAGGUUGUUAGAGAUACUAUUAAACAUAUUGGCUAUGAUGAUUCAUCUAAAGGAUUUGAUUACAAAACUUGUAACUUAGUAUUGGCCAUUGAACAACAGAGUCCUGACAUUGCCAGUGGAGUUCACAUAGAUAAAGAAGAAGAAAACAUCGGAGCAGGAGAUCAGGGUUUAAUGUUUGGCUAUGCUACAGAUGAGACAGACGAUUGCAUGCCUUUGACUGUGGUAUUAGCACACAAACUGAAUGCGACUUUGGCAGAAUUGAGAAGAAACGGAGAAUUUUGGUGGGCAAGACCAGAUUCAAAAACACAGGUGACUUGCGAGUAUGUAUUUGAAGAUGGAGCCGCAGUGCCACUCAGAGUUCACACAGUAGUAAUUUCAAUCCAGCAUUCUGACCAGAUCACUCUUAAUAUGCUGAGAGAAGAAAUAAUGAAAAAAGUGAUCAGAACAGUUAUUCCCAAAAAAUAUUUAGAUGAAAAAACUAUCUUUCACAUCAAUCCCUGUGGAAAUUUUGUUAUUGGCGGUCCAAUGGGUGAUGCAGGUCUCACAGGAAGGAAAAUUAUAGUUGAUACUUACGGAGGCUGGGGUGCCCAUGGAGGUGGUGCUUUUUCAGGAAAGGAUCCCACAAAAGUUGACAGAUCAGCAGCAUAUGCAGCCCGUUGGGUGGCCAAGUCUCUGGUGAAAUCUGGUCUAUGUAGACGUUGUUUAGUACAGUUAUCUUAUGCCAUCGGAGUUCCAGAACCAGUUUCUAUCAGUGUGUUUACUUAUGGAACGUCUAUGUUAUCCCAAAGAGAACUGCUUGAAUUAGUUAAUCAGAAUUUUGAUCUGAGACCAGGAAAAAUAAUGAAGGAAUUGCAACUUAAGAAUCCAAUUUACCAGAAGACCAGUUGCUAUGGCCAUUUUGGACGAGAGGAGUUCCCCUGGGAAAUUCCCAAGAAAUUAAUUUAAUAAUGUUGUAUUUUAGUAAUUGUUUUAUUGAUAGCAAAUUCUUUGUUAUGGCAUUUUUAUUAUACAAAUGGGAGUUAUCUUUUGCGUAACUCUUCGUAAUAUUCAUAUUAUUAUCUUAUUUCCUUUAGGGAAAGUAUAUUUUUAUUGGUUACAAAAUAAGUAUUCUCGUACUGCAAUUCCGAAAAUUUGUUUUUUUUGGGAGAGCGUACAUAAAUUCUACAACAGGAACUUUCAAUACCUAAUGGCAGUAAUAUGGAAUUUUUUAUUUUUUUAAAAAUUUUUAAUCUUUCAAGCACUCUUUUGGUGUGACGUGUAUAUAUGUAGAUUGUAUUGUUAAGAAAGGCAAUUGUUUCAAAUUUACCUGUACAGUACAUAAUUACUGCCAUUGUUUUAAAUAAAGAAAUUCCAGCUUUUUUCCCUGCGGUGAUUUUUUUGCCGCAGCUUUAUAAAUAUGCUAUAUUUUUUUAUAUUUUCUAUAUACCAUAAAGAACUUUUGAGAAAGCAAUGUAAUUUAAGGUUGGCUGUUUUUGAAUGAAUGUAUAUAUUCAAUGAUGAGAAUGGUUGUUACAUAUCUGUAUUCUCAUUAUAAAUAUAUGAAACUCUAACAUAGUUGUGUAUCAUAUAUAAUGAUUGUUUGUUUGACCGGUACAGAACUAUUUGUGCUGCCUAUAAAUAAAUGACUUUGUAGUUAUCUGUAUAAACUGAAUAAAUCAUGUUUACUGUAAAA